AUGGGUUCCAAGGCUUUGCUUGUUCUUGUUAUGCUCUUGGCUUCUGUCCUUGUUCUCUAUGCUGAGGCUGCACCCAAAGAUGUAGACGAGAAAUUUUAUAAGAAUGAUGGUGACAUUGACACAAAUGGUGUAGAUGACAUGAAAUAUGGCCACGGAGGAUGGCAUGGCGGAGGAAGACGAGGCUGGGGAGGUCGAGGCGGAGGCUGGGGCGGUCGAGGCGGUGGUUGGGGCUGGGGCCACGGUUGGGGCCGUGGUUGGGGGUAUUGUUACUAUGGAUGUUGCGGUUGGAAUUACUAUGGUCGUUGUGUAAGUUGCUGUUAUUAUCCUGGUGAACAUGUUGAUGCUCAAACUCAUGCUCAACCUCAAAACUAA